AUACUGGGGUGGCUGAAGCCCCCUAUGAGGACCGAGGCUCGUGAAGCACCAAUUUUGUUGGCCUUGGUAGCAGGAGAAGCAGCAGGGAUCAUGGAGAAUAUCAGCGAUGACGUCAUUGUUGGGCGAUGCCUUGCUAUCCUCAAAGGCAUAUUUGGCAGCAGCGCUGUGCCGCAGCCUAAAGAGACCGUGGUGUCCCGCUGGCGUGCUGACCCCUGGGCCCGGGGAUCGUACUCCUACGUAGCAGCUGGAUCUUCUGGAAAUGACUAUGAUUUGAUGGCUCAGCCAAUUACUCCAGGACCAGCGAUUCCAGGUGCUCCUCAGCCCAUUCCUCGCCUGUUCUUUGCGGGAGAACACACAAUCCGCAACUAUCCUGCAACGGUUCACGGCGCGUUGCUGAGCGGGCUGAGGGAAGCGGGUCGCAUUGCGGACCAGUUUCUGGGGGCCAUGUACACUCUGCCUCGCCAGCCUGCGCCUGGGGUGCCCCCACAACAAGCUGCCAGCAUGUGA